GCAAAAUGGCCCGUUUAUUAUAGGGCUUAGCCAAAGCGGUCCAUGAAUCCAAAAGCCACCUUACACCAUGACCGAUCGCGACCGUGACCGUGACCGUGACCGAGCUCGCGAUAGAGAAAGAGAACGAAGACGAGACAAGGAGGACCGUGACCGUGACCGUGACCGUGACCGUGACCGAGCGCGUACCAAGAGAUCUCGUUCGCGUUCACCUGAGCGUGUCCGUUCCCGCCACGCGCGCUCACCUGACCGUUCGCGCUCUCCCCCCGAACGCUCCCACCGCCGGCGCCACCACCGCACGCCUUCUGCCGAUCCCCCGAGGAAGCGUCACCGGAGAGACUCGGCUGAGGACGAGCAUAAGGAGACGAAGAAAGCGGUGUCGGACUUCGUGGAUGGCAUCGUGAAGGAACAGCAGCAGAAGCAGAAAGAGAAUGGAAGCGGAGAAGAAGGUGAGGAGAACGAGGAUGAGGUGGAGAUGAUGAAGAUUUUAGGGAUUCCCACUGGAUUUGACUCCACCAAGGGAAAGCCUGUGCCUGGUGCUGAUGUCAGUGCCGUCAGAGCCGUCACCAAGCGCCAACCUAGACAGUACAUGAACCGCCGCGGCGGAUUUAACCGCCCGUUGCCUGCUGAGAGGAAUCGCUAGGGUUUUCUCAGGUGAGUGAUAUCUUUUGGUGGGCUUUGAAUCAUGUAGAAAUUGGAACCAGAAACCCUUGGUGGGACUCAAAUGAAAGCUUGUAAGAGUUCCACCAGUUAUUCGUGUCUUCAAUUUAAUAUCCUGUGGCUCAGUGUCCCGUGUAAUUGGUGUUAGGCAUGUUUUAUUUUUAACCUCUAGUACCAUUCAAAGAAUUUGCCAAAUUUUCACGCGUUAUGUUGAUUUAACUGCAUGCCUUGCGCCUUGGAAUUCACAUAUGCUUUGAUUAAGGAGUCAGAUGAUUCUGGAUUUCAAUAUCAUGACUAAAGGAUGUGGGAACCUGUUGCUCUCCGUCC